AACAAAACGCAUGCAUCAGGCGGAGGUAUAUAAAGACAAUGGCAAUCUGUCACGUCGCUCGCAUUCAUCAGACUCUGAGUGUUUUAACAAUUUGCUGGAGCCAUGCAGCUCACCGUAGUUCUAGUUCUGUGUUUUGUUUCGAUUUUGAAAUGCUCGUCACAAGGCGUUACAGAAUCUGAGACCCAGUAUUCGACUGAAGGAUCUUCUGCGGGAACUCAAGCCAUUGACUGGGAUACAGCUGAUUCUCCUGCAAGAACGACCCUGCAGAAUGGCGGACGAAGGCGACAUGAACAAAAUACUAGAACUACUUCCGAUUACACAACUUUAUUUCCAAACCAAUGGGGUCCAGUGAUGAUGCCCAUGAUGCAGCCGCCUUUCGGAACUAGAAUUCCGAAUGCAGACACAAGAGAGAGAAUGCAGGAUACGCGUGACUUUGAUCCAAAUCCGAGACGCCAAAAAGAAUCUCCAGAAAAUUUGACACAAAAAGUUGACCAGUAUCCAAAGCCGACCGAUACUUCAAGAAAUCAAAUGACCGCACCCUUCAUCCCUUAUUCUCCAUAUAUGUUUUAUCCUGCUCAGAAUCCUGCUGAGGUAUCAGAAGAUACACGCUUUUCCAUACCAAGUAAUUCAGCGAAUGAUGCGCAACCUUUAACACUACAGGACCUUAGUGAAAAAAUGAACAUUUCUGCAUCUUCACCUGAUCAAUUUUUCUACAGACUACCAAAUGCUGGAUUUCACGAAAGAUUUGGUCGUAUGCCCUUUCCUCUUAUGAGAUACCCCCCACCAGGAUUCUCCUUACGUAACACACCUGAUGGCAGAAAUCAAGAAAGUUUUGUUCCAUUUUCUCCUUAUGCACUCCCUCCUUAUGGAUUAUAUCCUCCCUCCCCUCCUCCGGCAGCUAUACCUACUGAUGAAGGCAAUCCACAAGUUGACAUUUUUGUUCGAUCACCAUACAUCGAUAGGGAACCUGGGACUGAAAAUCUCGGACCUAAAGAAGUGCCUAUCCGAUCCGAUGCAAAUGCUGAUCUGAAUUCCCCAGACGUGCCACCGAGUACUCCAACACCUGUUGAUACUGUUCCUGCAGAAUCAAUACCUAGACCUCCUCUCCCAAUCAAUCCAUUUCCUUUUGGAUUUUUUCCUCCAGGUAUUGUACCACCAUCUUUAUUUCCCCUUCCUCAAGGAGAAAUUCCACCUCCUACUCUUCCUCCUCGAUUAAUACCAAGCCCACCAGUGCCAUCUAUUGAACCCUUACCACCAAGGGUCCCACCAGUAGUCCCUCCAUCCGUUCCUCCUGCAACACCAGUGGAUCGCAUGCCAGAAAUUGUUCCAGCACCACCUGCUGCUAUUGAUUUACCACCUCCUGCCGUAGAAUUGCCACCUCCCGAAGGACCAGCAAACUUGCCUGCUCCUGUAUCAGAAUCUAGUACGGUUCCUGAGAGUGUCCCGCCCCAAGGAGAUGUUUUCACAGGCGACAAGGAACUAUAUGAGUUCGGAUUUGAUAUGAAUGAUGGGAAAGGCACAGAUCAGCACAGACAAGAAAGCAAAGACGAAGCUGGUGUCGUAACUGGAAGUUACGGAUACAGAGACGCGUUUGGAGUUUACCGUUUAGUUAACUACAUUGCAGAUAAAAAUGGUUACAGAGCAUUCAUUCAAAGUAAUGAACCUGGAGUUGCCAAUCCUGGAAGUGCUGAUGUGGUGGUGAUGGCUGAGCGCCCGCCCCCACAAACUGUUGCCGAAAGCUUAAAGCCAACACAACCGGUGCCUGUAGAAGUACCGGAUGAUUUGAUUGUGCAAGCAAGCGAGAACAAAUAAUGACUCCAUAGAUGAAAACACUCGAAUUUCAUUCAUAGAGGAACAUUUCGGAUGUUAAUGAAAUUAUAGUACAUUUUAGUGCGUACAUUUAGCAAUGAGAUUUAAUCUAUAGCUGCAUCUUUUCUACUGUCAUUUCUUCGCUCAGUAAUUUCAUUUUGAUGCUGUCAUUUGCUCUCAUGUAUAUUAUUUAAUUUUGCUUAUUAAUACAUAUAAUUAACUCUUGAAUAUUUACAAAAACAAUUUAACAGUAAAACUGCUAAACGUUAAUACAGUAACAGUAACAUUUACUAAAACAAUAAUAUUUAAUAAAAUAGUUACACAGCAGGGAAGCAUCUAUGUUUAUAUUCCAAUGGCUUUUAUAAAAAUUUCAAUGAUUUACACUUCGGAUAGUAUAAUUUAUGUAAUAUACAGUUAAAUAUUAUUUAAUGUUACGCUUUAAUGAAUAAUUUUUGUCUUAAUUAUAACUUAAAUUCGUACAAAAUUCAAUGAAUAUGACACAAUAUUUAUGAACAAUGUUUUUAAUUAUAGAUAAUAUAAUGGUAUUUGUGCCUGACAUUGUGUCUUUUUGAUAAUAUUUUACAUCUCAUUUUUUGAAAUAUUUUACUGUCAUUUAUUGCAGAAAAAAUAUAAAUUUCUUUAAAUAUCUUAAUUUAUUAUGAAAAAAAUUCUUAGUGAGCCAUGACUUUUAUUGAGCGUGAUAUAUCAUUUUCCUCAUAUAUUAAUGAAUCUGUAAUUUGAUAAAAUAUAGCUUUUAUAGUUUCUAAUAGAAAAAAAAAUUAUUUCUUUUGAUGCAUGUUUAAAUUUGAUUGU